GCCCAGAAAGUUUUGUCUCUUUUGAAACGGUCGUGGCGGCAUUGUUGUUGUUCCUCUUCUUCCGCUUCCAUGGAGGACUCUGACUCGCUCUGGGGUCCAUGGACAACCCGUUUCUAUUGGUUGGGGGUGGCAAGCGUCGCAUACGGGGCCUUCCUGCUGCUCUGGUACGUGCGGUACAUCGUCCGCAUGUGGUUCACAGGGAACCCGGGGGCGGUGGGCCCACACCUGGGCCCCUGGGCAGUUGUGACUGGAGCUACUGAUGGAAUUGGAAAGGCCUAUGCAGAAGAGUUAGCUAAGCGCGGAAUGAAGGUGGUUCUUAUCAGCAGAUCUCAGGAAAAACUCGAUCGGGUUGCCUGUGAAAUAAGGGUGAAAUUCAACGUAGAAACAAAAACUAUUGCUGCUGACUUUAAAGACCGAGAAACUAUUUACAGUGAUAUAGAAGCAGGCCUGGAAGGCCUUGAGAUUGGUGUCUUAGUUAACAAUGUCGGCAUUGCAUAUUCGUAUCCCGAGUGCUUCCUUGAUGUUCCUGAAUUAGAUAAACUAAUUGACAACCUAAUAAACAUUAAUUGCCUAUCUGUGUGCAAGAUGACACAUUUGGUGCUACCUGGAAUGGUGAAAAGGUCUAAGGGAGUCAUAGUGAAUAUGUCAUCUAGUGUUGCAAUUAAUCGAUGCCCAUAUUUAGCUCUUUAUACAGCAAGCAAGGCUUUUGUAAAUUACUUUAGUCAUUGUCUCCAUGCAGAAUACAGAGACAAAGGUAUCAUUGUGCAGAGUCUUGUGCCAGAAAUGGUGGCUACAAAAAUGAUGUAUUCUCCUAGACCAAACCUUUUUAGACCUACACCUGAACGGUAUGUAAAAUACGCCAUCAACACAGUUGGUCUUGAGUAUGAAACUUCCGGAUACCCAUUUCAUGAGCUUAUGGUCUGGUAUCAUCGAUUGGUGCCUAAAAGGGUAGCUGAGGAGAUAAUGACAAGAAUAAUGAUUCAUGCAAAAAGAGUUAUCUUGAAGAAGCUGAAGGAAAACUAAGUGGUUUCAUCUUAAGAAAUUCCUUAGAGGUUUUGUACUUGCAUUCAAGUAAUGGAGAAUUAGACAUCUCUUAAAUUCUUGACAGACAUUUGUUUUUUUUAUAUAGGGGGCAGAUCUGAGAUUGGCAUGAAAAAAGAAAAUUCUGAGAGCACAGGAAAAGCAAUGACCAACUUGUAUACUUUGUCAUUCUGCACCAUUGUUUAUAAUGUAUGUUAGAUGAGAUUUGAAUAAUAUAAAUAAUAUUCCUAGUUACGAAUUUACCACCAGAAGGAUUUGAAAAAAAUGCGAGUAUGAAAAAUUUGAUAGUUCAAAUGAGAAGUUGUACUUAUAGAGAAUAUUCAUGCUGGGAUGAUGGGAGGAAGAAUUUGCAAUAGCUGGGUUUUGUCCAUGUGCCAAAGCUCAUUGGCAGGUGCCCCAAGUUCUCUUUCCUUUGAGACCCUACCCUUCUCCCUUCAGUUUUUAUUAUCCAGCCUUCCAAAUACAAACACCUUUAUUUUAAAAAUCAAGCAGAAAACCUCCUAAAAAUAUUGAUAUUCACUACUACUGAUUUAAAGUGAGGGUAUGGAUUUUUCCUCCCAUCAUUUUUAUUUAUUUACAGUAUUUAUAUUCCGCCCUUAUCACCCCACAGGGGACUCAGGGCAGCUUACAAUGUACACAUACAUGGCAAACUUUCAACACCAUAGACUCACAACACAUAUAGACAGACAGUCAGAGGCUAUUUAUUUAACAUUCCAACUUCUGGCCACCAGGGGAGCGACACUGAUGAAGUACUUUCCACAUUCCCCGCAUGCUUCUGCUGGAGAUUUUUUAUGGCCUUGUAAAUUUUGUUUAAUUAGCCUCCCCACACAUAGGUGUUACCUAAAUUUCCUACUUGACAGAAGCAACUGUCUUUGGGGUUGCAAAGGUCGACAACAAGCUACACAAUUGGCUAGAAGCUCACUCUGACCCGGGCUGGUUUUGAACUCAUGACCUUUCGGUCAGUAGUGAUCUUUAAUGCAGCUGACACCCAGGCAGCUGCGCCAGUCCCAGAAUGAAUAUUCCCAGUAAGUAUAAUUCUCAUUCUCGGGAUAUCUGGAAUGUACCAGGGUCACCUCCCUGGCAGGGACUUGCUUUCACAGAUUGUGAGCCCAUUCUUCCAAAUGCUGCCUUGGCUUACUUAUAUUUAGCUAGUAGUCCAUUACAAAUAUCGAUAGCUGUGCCAUUUGCUGCACUACAAGUGAAGCUGACAUGGAAUAUUCUUUUGAGGAAGACAUAGAUUUCAUUGAAUUCACAUAGACAUGCUGUGGCCUGUUUAUUUUCUAGGUCAUAACACAACAGAAUGCAAGCACAUAUCAUCCUGCCUAUCACUGUUUCUGGCACCCUAUUCCCUAUUAUCCUAAAAUUGUGGGAAACAGUGAUUCAGUCCACCUUAACUUCUGUGUUCUCUUCAGAUGAAUCUUUCCUACCUUCCUAAAAUCCAACUUAUGCCACCUAUCUUUCCCUUGUUGGUCUGGCAUUUGGCAGAAAAUUGGUAGAUAUAUGACACCCUCUUAGAAAGAAAUGUAGAAUAUAUGACUUUUAAUGUCUCCUGUUCAAAAAUGCAGCAGUUCACAUUCACUGACAGUGUUGACAGCUCCAACUCUCCUUACCGAUGUUAAUGGCUAUUAAGAAAGUCAUCUUAAAGGUCAAAGUGUGAUUCCAUUAAACAAUCCAACAGUAAAUGUAAAUUCCAAGAUAGAAAUCUGUGUUGAGUCAGAAAAUAUUUAUUUGCUACAUCUUUCAAAAAUCUUUGUGUGCUGAUGAAAACUUCAAUUGAAAGUGUUGAUACCCACCUUCUCAAAGUAUUAGGUUUCAAACCUUUUUGAAAUCCAUCCUGCAUAAACUGGACAACUUAAUGUUAAGAGAAAUCCUCUAAUUGCAUCCCUUCUGAAUUGCUUGUUUUCAAAAGCUGCUUUUGCUUGCACAUUUAAGCUAGUGAGUUGACUCUCUUUUUGAUAAAAAAAUUUCUGUCACCUUUUUAAGAAUAUCCGUUGAACUCUAGAGUUCCUUAUUCAAAUCCCAAACCAUCAAAUGUAAUCAGCUUGGGUUUGGAUGAUAAAAUAGACCUUACUUUAACAAAUCUGUUUGAACUGGCAACUGCCACAAUUCCAUUAUUGCCAUUUCUUUUUAUCAUCUGAAACCAUGGCGUCCUCGGUCAAAAAGCUGCAAUCAUCAACAUUUGUGCUUACUCCUGUAUCUUUAGUAGUACUUUGCAAUAGUGUUAUUGGCAGAAAGGCAUAAUGGUGUUCCUUUGUUCCUUCAGCCACAGAAUUGAUAAGAGUAUUGAACCUUUCAACUCCAACUUUUCUAUCUGCAGAAUAGAAUCUGGAGUUUCUUAUUUGCAGCCAAGGCAAACAAAUCAUCUCCAGUGCCUGUACUGAAAGAAAAAACAAUGGUAGUUUGGCAAGAAAUAAGACAUCUAAUAAAAUAGAGGCAAUAGAGGUAGCCACUUUGAGUCUUCUUUUGGAGAGAAAAAGUGGGGUAUAAACAUAAUAAUACCCUUAUAGGACAUGUAGUAUGGUUGUUAUUCUGUUUUUGUCACAUUUCCAAAGGCAAAUGGAAUGAAUCAUCCCAUGCUGAAUUUCAGAUAUCUUAAUGAGUUUGUGAGAGCUGAGAUUCAGUAUGUCACAUGUAUGAGGGAGAUGGAGUGGGUGGCUUCUAUGAGCUUGCGGAAGGCUAUCUUCAUGUCCCUAUAAAUCCAGAAGACAGGAGAUACCGAUGAUUUCAGUGGCAGGGUUGCCAUUACUAAUUCAGGGUUUUGCUGUUUGGCUUUGUAUCAGCUCCUCAUGUGUUUACCAAAACACUGGCCCCCGUGGGUUAUCUGAGGCAGAGAGGUACAGUUACAUCCAUAUUUGGAUGAUGUUUUAAUAAACGAAGGAAAAUCUGAUAGCAGAUUUAAGAUUGACCAGAACAACAAUGAAAGCUUACAGGUUCAUUAUCAAUUAUAAGUUACUUCCAACCGGUUAUAUUAUUAAUCCAUUUAGUGGCAGAAACAGAUGCAGAGAAAGGGCAAAUGUGAAUAUCAUGCAAAACGGGAAUCAGGUUUUCUGUUAAUUGGGAAUAUUUCUUUCAAACAUUAUAUCAUGCUAUCAGAUUUCAUGAAUUCUUCCUGGAGGCUCAAUCCUUUAAUUUUUUUCCAUUUCAAAUGUUUCCAAUUAAUGCUUCAAAUGUUGCAAUAAAUAAUAAAGUGAUAGAGGCAGCCUUGUCUACCGCCUUUUUGAAUUUGCACAUCUUUGUUAAUUCACUGUUGACAACAAUUUUAGCUGAUUGUGAUUUAUAAAUGUCCUUUAUUCAUUUAAUCAUAUUAGCAAAUUCUGUUUUCUCCAAAACUGCAAGUAGGAAAUCCCAAUUUAAAUUAUCAAAUGCUCUUUCAGUGUCUACAAAAAUCAAGGCUGCCUCCAUCUCAUUGUAAUUUUCUAGAAAUUAUAUCAAAAUACAUCUCAGCUUAUUUUGCAAUUGCCUUUUGCAAGAAAGUCAGAUUGAAGGUAAUGAAUACAGUUUUGUAAUGCCUCUUUAAUUCUUUCUGCCAGGAUUGAAACAAAUAUUUUAUAAUAAUAUAGUUCUAUCACUGCUUGUUUUAGCCAUAUACUGAUCUUGUUUCUCUAUUAAACUUCUCAUAGCUCUUUCUCAA